AGCUCCAGCUGAAGUUUCCUUCCCAGCUUUGGGAAGUCGAAGGGACCCGAGCUUGGAGCUUCGGGGAAGCCGCACACAGGAACGGGCCCACUUGCCGACAAGCCGAGGACACGAGACGUCGGUGACAGCCCCCGCAAGGCCGCUCCGGGUGGAGGCCAUAGAUCUCCAGGGCUGAGUGACGGGCUUUGGAGCCCGUCGGCCAACCUGCUCCUGGACCUCACGCCACAUUUCUGCCUUAAGUCUGUCUAGCCUCGUUCCUGCGGUUUGGUUUUCGGUCUUUCUGGCCCUUGCUAUGCGUAACAGACAGCUACAUUAUCACCGAUGGUGUUGGACAUUGCAGGAAGGUGGGUCUGGCAGGAACAGACCGCACUCUUGAAAAGCCCCCAUUCCCAAUCACCAGAAACUUUCCACUCCGGUUGCCAUGGAGAGAGACGGCCGCUGCCUUCCGUCGCCAUAGCAACGUGCGGGUACCAGGGACCGCAGGAUUGCGGGGCUCAGAAAGUCUUGCUGCAGUUCACAUCGCCCCGCAGUCUGAGGGUCUUCUGCCUCCGAAGCUGGGACUUGAGGCAAGUCUGACUAACUUCUCCAGUCAGGAACUGUGGCCAACAUCCUCCCACCCCCAGCGGGUCAUCCUUCUUUCUGUAAAGUUUUUAUCUAUUUUGUUGCCACUUUUUUGUCAUGUCACAAUUUACCCAGCCUUUUCACAAACACUAUCUGUAAAUCCCCAGGGAGCCCGUGAAGCACUAGUAAUCAUUAUACCCCUUUUACAGAUAAGGAAAUUGAGGUUCAGAGCCGCCCGAGAUCACACCAGGCAGUGAAUGGGUGGCCAGAUCCCAGGCUCUUUCCGAGGCCUUGCACCCUCCAGGAUGCGGGACAACCGGGCCCCGCUGCCUCGAACCCGCCGGGACUCAGACCCGUCCCUGGGUGUAGAGGGGGCGGCCGUGAGGCGCCAGACUUGCCAGCUGCCACGGGAUGCCACGUGAGGGGCGGAGACCCUGCGGGGAAGUGAUUAAAAGCCGAAGUGAACCGCAGGGGGCCGCUGCGGGGAGGGUCUUCCUGGGGCCGCCUUGCCCCGCCCCAGUUCGGCCGUGGCGCUGGUUCGGGCAACUGCUAGGAGAGGGCUGGGGUGUCCGGGGCAUGAGCGGGGUGUGGGGUACCGGGGGGCCUCGGUGCCAGGCGGCGCUCGCGGUCCUGGCUUCUCUGUGCCAGGCUCGGCCGCCCCCUCUCGGGCUGGACGUGGAGACCUGUCGGAGCUUCGAGCUGCAGCCCCCAGAUUGGAGCCCGAGCGCGGCCGACGCAGGCACCUCUGUCAGCCUCCUUGCAGUGGUAGUUAUUGUGUGUGGCGUGGCCCUGGUGGCAGUUUUUCUCUUUCUCUUUUGGAAGCUGUGCUGGAUACCCUGGAGGAACAAGGAAGCCUCCAGCCCCUCUUCUGCUAAUCCUCCCUUGGAGGCCCUCCAGAGCCCCAGCCCCAGAGGCAACAUGGCAGACAAGCUGAAAGACCCCAACACUCUGGGCUUCCUAGAGGCGGCUGUGAAGAUCAGCCACACGUCCCCAGACAUCCCAGCUGAGGUGCAGAUGUCGGUCAAGGAGCACAUUAUGCGUCACACGCGGCUGCAGCGACAGACCACAGAACCAGCAUCAUCCACCAGGCACACGUCCUUCAAGCGCCACCUGCCACGGCAGAUGCAUGUCUCCAGUGUGGACUAUGGCAACGAGCUGCCUCUGGCAGCAGAGCAGCCCACUAGCAUUGGCCGAAUCAAGCCUGAGCUCUACAAACAGAAGUCAGUGGAUGGGGAUGAUGCCAAAUCUGAGGCCACCAAGAGCUGCGGGAAGAUCAACUUCAGCCUGCGAUAUGACUACGAGAGCGAGACCCUGAUUGUGCGCAUCCUGAAGGCCUUUGACCUCCCUGCCAAGGACUUUUGUGGCAGCUCUGACCCUUAUGUCAAGAUCUACCUCCUGCCUGAUCGCAAAUGCAAGCUGCAGACCCGGGUGCACCGCAAGACCCUGAACCCCACCUUUGAUGAGAAUUUCCAUUUCCCUGUGCCCUAUGAGGAGCUGGCCGACCGCAAACUGCACCUCAGUGUCUUCGACUUUGACCGCUUCUCUCGCCAUGACAUGAUUGGAGAGGUCAUCCUGGAAAACCUGUUUGAGGCCUCUGACCUGUCCCGAGAAACCUCCAUCUGGAAGGACAUCCAGUAUGCUACAAGUGAAAGUGUGGAUUUGGGAGAGAUCAUGUUCUCCCUCUGCUACCUGCCCACAGCAGGCAGACUCACCCUCACCGUGAUCAAAUGUCGGAACCUCAAGGCGAUGGACAUCACGGGCUAUUCAGAUCCAUAUGUCAAAGUGUCCCUGCUUUGUGAUGGGCGGAGACUGAAGAAGAAGAAAACAACUAUAAAGAAGAACACUCUUAAUCCUGUCUACAAUGAGGCUAUCAUCUUUGACAUUCCCCCAGAAAACAUGGAUCAAGUCAGCUUGCUCAUCUCGGUUAUGGAUUAUGAUCGAGUGGGCCACAACGAGAUCAUAGGGGUCUGUCGAGUGGGGAUCAACGCCGAAGGCCUGGGCAGGGACCACUGGAACGAGAUGCUGGCGUAUCCACGGAAGCCCAUCGCCCACUGGCACUCCUUGGCGGAGGUAAAGAAAUCCUUCAAAGAGUGGCAGGGCCGAGCUGCCAGCUUUGACAGCGAGAGCUCGUGCCCAUCUCCAAAACCACCUCCAACACCAUGAGCUCAUGGCCGCACGACGCAAAGGGGACUCAGCAGUGCUCUUUCUGCACUUGUUCAACUGUCUACACAGUGCUGUGCAGCGGCAGGGGCAGUGACAGCAUGUCUCCAACUCCAGAGUCUUAACUGCCCCCUGUAGGUCAAGGCCCAGGCUCUUGUUGUGUGGUCAGAGCUGUCGUAGUCUUUCUGUCUCCCAAGGUGAUGUUUUCUGUGGUUUUCAGUUCUUAUGGAUCUGCUGCCAAGAAAAGAAGAAAAAACAAGUAGGACAAAAUGAAGAGGGGAGUUCUCUAAAACAGUGUAAAAUAGUCGUCUUUUCCAGAGAGGUGGUUUGAGUUUCAUUUUGUAUCUCCACCAAGCUCCACAGCCCUGGAGAAGAAGGAGGGAGGGUGAGCUGUGGCUGUUUUCUCAGUGGCCUGCAGGAAUGGUGCAAACUGGUGGAAGAGUCUUACAAGGUUAAUUCUGAAUCUUAGAAGCUCUUCGCUGGUGUGACAUAAAUGGAGAUGCAGACUCUUGGGGGCCUGUUGGAAUUAUGGCCACUCUGAGGUGUCUGUGAGCCUUCAGCUGGUCCUGCAGAGCUCCUUGCUCCCCUUCCUCAUGAAUUGAAAAUGUCUUGUUUCCUCAUGGGAUCUUAGUCACUCUCUUUAGGAAUGAUUCUGCUGAAAGUAACAUGCCAUAUGUUUUCUGGCACACCACAGUUAAUGACCACGUUUGUUUGAAAACAGGAUCUUUGGUCUCAGAAAUAACCUUCGUUGUAAAGAAAAGUAGGCACAUAUGUUCCAGGAGGAUUUCUGCGUUAAACAUAGCUUUAAAAUUCUAUGGAGUAUUGUGCAGCCCUUUAAAAUGCCUAAGAACAUCAAAGAAAAACCUAGAUAAAAAUGUCUUCUGAAUGGACAGUUAUGAAAUCCAAGUAAUAGCACGAGUCCAUCUUUCUAUGAACAGUCUCUUGAUUGAAACCAGGUUAAUGUAAGCCUAUUUUAGCCCCCUUGAUUCUGGGACAAUAUUCAUCUUAAACUUUAGUUCCAAAAAUUACUAAGUACUUCAAUAUUUGUUUGUUUCAGUGGUAGUGAAGGUUUUUUUCCUUUAGAUCUUUACCUUAGGCCAAAUUCAGUUUAGGAAAAAUAAUGUUUUAACUACUCUGUAUUGUAAUAGUACAUUUCUGUUGAGUUAAUAGUGGCUUUCCCACCAACCCCCUAUAGCUAAGUUGAUUUGCUCAAUCUCAGUCUGUAUAGCCCUGGAAAAUGUGUGGAAGGGAGUUUCCAUUUCAGCCUGUGACUACACCAUGCCGAUUUCCAGAUCUCUGUGUGUGACCUGAAAGAGGGAAAUCUGCUUCGAAAGAAUCCCAUCUUUCAAAAAUGGUAGGUCAAGAACAUAAAAUCUGUUCACACACCUUGUGUCUUAUUCUUCAUAUGUGUCACACUUUAGGAGCAGCACUAAAUAAAGUAACCCUAUUGUAAGCCAAACUAUUAGGUUUCUCUGCUGACAUAACUUUGGGUGGUGUCUUCUGGUCCUAACAAUGACUAGAUUGAGCAUAAGGUACAGGAUAUUGUGGUCAAAGAAGUUUUCAGCUUAGAAACCCAAAUUCCUGUACUGAGCCUUUUGGCUAUGGGCAAAUAUAUCACUGGUAUAAAGAUAAGUUUUCUCCCCCAAUGUCUUGUGACUGAUAGGCCUUCCUAGUCAGGCAGUCCUGCAACUGGAUGUUCUCGAGAGCGAAGGUCUCUCCUUCACUCUAGAGGUCAUGACAAGACUCCCAGCAGGCUGUAAACUUCAUUCUGAUUCUUGACUCUAGAAUGACCCCAUCAAGAUGGCCAUCCCAAUCACUGAGCAGAUGCAGGGGGUCCUGCAACUAUGAAGGGAGCAGUUGAGUUUCCUGGGUCAUAAGGAGCCCAGAAAUUAGUGUGAGCGGAUCCUUCCAGAAAUGAACUAAAAAAUGCAUGUCCAGCUGUCAUCUUCAAAUCUGUAGGCAGAUGAGGAUGGCCACUUAACCUUUCAGGGAAGGAGUGUGAUCAGUGUAAAUCAUGGAAUACUCAUCGGUCUCAGAAAUUCCUCAUGUCCAAGCAGCCAUCUCACAUGAGUGAGCCUCUCAAUGGUUGUGCAAAAUCAUUUCCUGAGCAGAUAAUGGUCAGCCCCCUGCCUGCCCUAACCAACUGCUACCAAGCCCACUACAACAGACCUGGUAAAUUUCUACAUGCUCAGGAGCCAGCCCCCCACCUUCCCAGGAGUGCUUUCAGCUCCUGGAGCCCACCCCCAGCAUCCUCAGGGGACACAGUUCUCAGCCUGCAGCAUGAAUGAAACCUGAAUGACAGCCAACUUCAUUACCUAGCCCAAUUUCUCCCCCUCACAGAGGAGAAUAAAAUGAAUUACAAGUUUCAGAACAAAAUGAAACACCAGGUUGAUUCAUUUGCUAGCUUCCUCUGCCAUGAGGAACGUCUUUCUUCGGUUGGUGUGUGAGCCUUGAAGUCACCAUAGCUAGGCUUUUUUGCAUAUAGAUGGUUUUUUAAAAAUGCUAAGUUCCCUUCUCCUUUAUUUGGCAGUGUUUCUGGACUGAAAGAUGCCUCCCCACCUCCCCUUGCACACUCAGGAUGUUAAUUAAUUACAUCAUCAUUUAAAAAAUUAUGUUAAUUACUGCUCUGUGUCUUCCCACCCCUGUCACAGCCUGGAGUUUUUAUGCAAUUAAAUCUUUGUCUCU